GGGACGAGGCGGCCUUCUCGCGAGGCUUGGCCGGGCUGGGAGGCAGAGGCGCGAUGGCGGCGGAGCGGGGCCGGCGCCAGGAAGGAGCGGAGCCCGAGCUGCGCGGGAGGCCCUUCCGGAGGCGGCGCGGGCAGCAGCCGAGGGGCCGGGCGGCCGCCGGAGAGGCCUGAGGCAGGGAGGGACGACGGGAGGCCGCCAUGAGCCAAGGCAGCGGAGGAGGCGGCGGAGGGGAGCCCGAGGCCAAGGCCCUCCACACCAAGAGGCUCUACCGAGCGGUGGUAGAGGCAGUGCACAGACUGGAUCUCAUUCUGGGAAACAAAGCAGCUUAUCAAGAAGUAUUCAAGCCAGAGAACAUCAGCCUGAGAAACAAGCUCCGCGAAUUGUGUGUGAAGCUCAUGUUCUUGCACCCGGUGGAUUAUGGGAGGAAAGCCGAGGAGUUGCUGUGGAGGAAGGUUUACUACGAAGUCAUCCAGCUCAUUAAAACAAACAAAAAGCACAUUCACAGCCGCAGUACUCUGGAGUGUGCCUACCGGACACACCUCAUUGCCGGCAUCGGGUUUUAUCAGCACCUCCUUCUCUACAUUCAGUCCCACUACCAGCUGGAGCUGCAGUGUUGUAUCGACUGGACCCAUGUUACGGAUCCCCUGAUCGGUUGUAAGAAGCCGGUGUCGGCCUCAGAGAAGGAGAUGGAGUGGGCCCAGAUGGCCUGCCACCGGUGUCUGGUUUACCUGGGGGAUUUAGCUCGGUAUCAGAAUGAAUUGGCCGGUGUGGAUACAGAAUUGCUGGCUGAGAGAUUCUACUAUCAAGCCCUUUCGGUUGCACCGCAAAUAGGGAUGCCUUUUAACCAGCUGGGGACACUGGCCGGGAGCAAAUUCUACAACGUGGAAGCCACCUACUGCUAUUUGCGCUGUAUCCAGUCUGAAGUGUCCUUUGAAGGGGCUUACGGGAACCUCAAGCGCCUCUACGACAAGGCGGCCAAAAUGUAUCACCAGCUGAAGAAAUGCGAAACCAGGAAACUGUCGCCCAGCAAAAAGAGGUGCAAAGAUAUUAAGCGGUUGCUGGUGAGCUUCAUGUACUUGCAGAGCCUCCUUCAGCCAAAAAGCAGUUCUGCGGACUCCGAGCUGACCUCUCUCUGCCAGUCGGUCCUGGAAGAUUUCAACCUCUGCCUCUUCUACCUGCCUUCCCCCAACCUGAGCUCCGCCAACGAGGAGGAAGAGGAGUGCGAGAGCGGCUACUCCUUCCUGCCGGACCUCCUCAUCUUCCGGAUGGUCGUCAGUUGCCUCAUGAGCGUCCACAGCCUCAAGAGAGCAGGCUCCAAGCAGUAUAGUGCAGCCAUUGCGUUCACGCUGGCCCUCUUUUCGCAUCUCAUCAACCACGUCAACAUCCGCUUGCAGGCCGAGUUGGAAGAAGGCGAGAGCCCUGUCCCAGCCUUCAGGAACGACGGCACAGAGGAUCCAGAAGCCCGGGAAUCGCUGAACUCGACUGAAAAGGAACCCGAGGCCGACUUGGCCAACCACCGGCCCAGUGAAGAGGAGCGGAAAGGCGAGAGCAAAAAGGGAAAGAAAUACUCGCGCCUCUCUUGCCUCCGCCGCCGGCGCCACGACCAGAAGGUGGACGAGAGCGACCUCAGCGAGGGCUUCGACUCCGACUCCAGCCCCGAUUCCACCAAAGGGAGCGAAGGGUCGGAAACCGGGUCGGAGAAGAGCGACGAGGAGGCCGAGACCGCGUUCGACGUGGAGACCGACUCGGACAUGAACAGCCAAGAGUCCCGCUCGGACUUGGAGGACAUGGAGGAUGAAGCUGACGGAGACGGACACGUCCGGAGCGUGAAGAACGGCACCAAGGAGGUCUUGGAAGGCGAAGGCGAGGGGCCGCCAGCGGAGUCAAAGAGCCCCGUGGUGGCCAAGACCGAGGCCCCCGAACCCGUGGCCAACGGGCCAAGCUCACUGGGGCCCAGCGAGGCCAGCAUCGCCAGCAACCUCCAGGCCAUGUCCACCCAGCUCUUCCAGACCAAGCGCUGCUUCCGCCUGGCCCCCACUUUCAGCAACGUCCUCCUCAAACCGAACUGCGAAUUGCCUCCCUCCAAAGAGGCAACCGGCAUCAAGCCCUGUGUCAACGGAGAUGUGGAGAAGCCCAGCGUGGCUGAGCCAGACGACGUUUCCGAGUCGGAAGAAAGCAUCUCCAGCGGCAAAUCCUGCCGGAACGAGCGCUCCCUCCAGGAGAAGCUGGAGAUCAUCACCAACGAGGGGCUGCUCCCAACGGUCAAGGUGUUUCUGGACUGGCUGAGGACCAACACCGACCUCAUCAUCAUGUGUGCUCAGAGUUCUCAGAGUUUGUGGAACCGUCUCUCUGUCCUUCUGAACCUGCUUCCUUCAGCUGCAGACCUGCAAGAUUCAGGGCUUUUCCUUGGCAGCGAAGUCAAGAGCAUGCUUCCUGGGUGCGAACUCCCGGAGCUGAGCGCCUGCUUGCUUCUCCCGGAGGAUGUGGCCCUCCGCAACCUUCCUCCGCUGAAGAACGCCCACAAGCGGUUCAACUUUGAGCAGGACAGGCCUUCCCUCACAGACGUGGAGGAGUCCGUGGUCCGCCUCUGCUGCAUCCGAAGCUUUGGCCACUUCAUCACCCGCCUCCAAGGCAGCAUCCUGCAGUUCAACUCUGAGGUCGGGAUCUUCAUCAGCAUCGCUCAGUCGGAGCAAGACGGCAUGAUCCAGCAGGCCCAGGCCCAGUUCCGCAUGGCUGCCGAAGAAGCCCGCCGGAACCGGCUCAUGAGGGACAUGGCCCAGCUUCGGCUGCAGCUGGAGGUGUCGCAGUUGGAAGGCAGCCUGCAGCAGCCCAAGGCCCAGUGCGUGAUGUCUCCUUACCUGGUUCCGGACACCCAGGCCCUCUGCCAGCAUCUCUCCACGAUCAGGCAGCUUGCCGCCAGCGGACGGUUCAUCGUCAUCAUCCCCCGGACAGUGAUCGACGGCUUGGACUUCCUGAAGAAAGAGAAUGCUGGCGCUCGCGACAGCAUCCGAUACCUAGAGGCCGAAUUCAAAAAGGGAAACAGGUACAUUCGUUGCCAGAAAGAAGUGGGAAAAAGCUUUGAGCGGCACAAGCUGAAGAGGCAAGACUUGGAUGCUUGGAAUCUCUAUAAGAUCCUGGAUAGCUGCAAACAGCUGACCACUUCUCAAGGGGGCAGCGAGGAGGACACCACCGGGAUGGUGACCAUCAUCACGGGCUUCCAGCUGGAUGACCUGAGCAAGCUUUCGGCCCCCAUGCAGUCGGCCCUGCAAGCGGCAUCCAACGCCAGCGUCGAGAUCAAGAACGUGCUGGAGUUCUUCAAGCAGUGGAAGGAGAUGGGCUGAGGACGGACGGGAGGAGCCGCCGGGUUGGUCGAAGUUCUCUCUCCUCGGACGCGCCGCGUUGGAACGGAGCCGCCGCCAAGCCACGGGCGACAUUUGGACGCGAAGCAGCCGCCGCAGCCGCCGCCUCAUCCACUGAAAGGAGCCUCCGAAGAAGGCAUGGGCGACAACGCCCUUUCCAUGCCCAUCCACACCACCAACACAACCACACCGGACACCCCAGUGGCCUGGCGACGACGCCGGGCGGGCGGGAAGCGCUCUGAAACAAGAGCAUCCCAGACAGACCCCGAGCGGGUGGGGAACAAGGGGGGUUCGUUCAUCGCCGGGGAGGGACGGGGACCAAAAAGCUUGCUUGGUUCCUCGCCUCCCACAAUCCGCAGGGUGUUUGGUUUCCCGUUUUCGUUUUGCCCCCGGAGAGCCAGCGAUUUUAAGCAAGAGAGGCACGGAGUUUGGGAUUCGGCUCUUUUCGGGGAAAGGGCCCGAGUUGGACACGUUGGCCGUUUAUUUUCACUCCUCGCGCGCAUUUCUCCUCCUUUCCCUUGGUUGUUUUGUUCCUUUCCUUUUGCAGGCUGGGACCUUAAGAUGCUAGAAAGGUAUAUAUAUAUAUAAGAGACACACACACACAAAAAAAAGGCAGCGAAAGUUUUCUUAUUUUUCGUGCGGAGACGGAUCGGAAAAGGUAAAAACAGUCGCGGGCUUUUCCUGGCCUUUCCAGGAAAAAAUAUCCUCUUCUUUUUGAGUGUUGUCAUGGGACGGAUUUAUGAUUUUAUCCCCCUUUAUGCCUCUCUUUUUCCCUUCCUUAAGGGUUGUUCUCCUCGCUCGUAUUUGCCCUUGCUGGGAAAAUGUGUAUUUCGGGGUCAUCGUUUGGGUUUUGUUUUGUCUCUUGAUGUCCAAAAAAGGCCUUUGAAUCAACUCCGCAAAAUUUUAGAGCGUAAAGAAGCCGAUUAACAAGACAAGGGAGAAGAAACGGGAUUUUAUUAUUUGGUGUUCCUUUCGGUAUAAAGAUCAAGCCAAAAACGAUAUAUAUUUUUGACCCACAUAUCGGAGACGAAGCUAGCCGUGGCUUCCGUUGGGUCCCGAUUCGGUUCACUCCUUUCCCGUUCAGACCAAAACCCAAACCGCAUUUGUCGCCAGGAAUUUUUUGCAGUCUUGGGAUGCUUUUGCUUCCUUCGAUCCCGGUUUCGAGAGACGGGGUUGGUUUGGGAAUUGCUUAAAAAGGGACGUGAAGUAGGCCGACGGAGAUGGGAUGUUGCAAAAUAAGGAGAAACGGUUUAAUUUAUCCCGGAAGGAACAUGUUGCGGGAGUUGACAUUUCGAGAUUUGCCGAAUUAGAUUCCCGAUUGUUGAAUUGGCAUCCCGUUGGAGACAUUCCCUUGACCCAAAUGGCACAGAAAUGGGGUCUUUCCCCAUAAACCAACAAUUGAUCUGACCAAAUGCUGCAUUUCUGGGCAUCAUAACUCCUUGAAUAGUUUUAUUUUUGCGCCGUGAAAUGCAAAACCGUUUCACCAUUUUUGGGUUGGCUUUCCAAACAAUUUCUCCAAAUAUUAGGAACCGAACAUGAAACCGUUUCGCCAUCUUUGGGUUGGCUUUCCAAAUAAUUUCUCGUGAAACCGCUUUGCCAUCUUUGGGUUGGCUUUCCAAAUAAUUUCUCCUAAUAUUGGGAACCGAACGUGAAACCGCUUCACCAUGUUUGGGUUUGACUUUCCAAACAAUUUCUCCUAAUAUUAGGAACCGAACGUGAAACCGCUUCACUAUCUUUGGGUUGGCUUUCCAAAUCAUUUCUCCUAAUAUUAGGAACCAAACGUGAAACCGCUUCACCAUGUUUGGGUUUGACUUUCCAAACAAUUUCUCCUAAUAUUAGGAACCGAACGUGAAACCGCUUUGCCAUCUUUGGGUUGGCUUUCCAAAUAAUUUCUCCUAAUAUUAGGAACCGAACGUGAAACCGCUUCACUAUCUUUGGGUUGGCUUUCCAAAUCAUUUCUCCUAAUAUUAGGAACCGAACGUGAAACCGCUUCACCAUGUUUGGGUUUGACUUUCCAAACAAUUUCUCCUAAUAUUAGGAACCGAACGUGAAACCGCUUCACUAUCUUUGGGUUGGCUUUCCAAAUCAUUUCUCCUAAUAUUAGGAACCAAACGUGAAACCGCUUCACUAUCUUUGGGUUGGCUUUCCAAACAAUUUCUCCUAAUAUUAGGAACCGAACGUGAAACCACUUUGCCAUGUUUGGGUUGGCUUUCCAAAUAAUUUCUCCUAAUAUUAGGAACUGAACAUGAAACCGCUUCACCAUGAUUGGGUUGGCUUUCCAAACAAUUUCUCCUAAUAUUAGGAACCGAACGUGAAACUGGUUCACCAUCUUUGGGUUGGCUUUCCAAAUAAUUUCUCCUAAUAUUAGGAACUGAAGGUGAAACCGCUUCACCAUAUUUGGGUUGGUUUUCCAAACAAUUUCUCGUGAAACUGCUUCACCAUGUUUGGGUUGGUUUUCCAAAUAAUUUCUCCUAAUAUUAGAAACCGAACCUGAAACAGUUUUGCCAUCUUUGGGUUGGCUUUCCAAACAAUUUCUCCUAAUAUUAGGAACCAGACGUGAAACCGCUUCGCCAUGUUUGGGUUGGCUUUCCAAAUAAUUUUUCGUGAAACGCUUUGCCAUCUUUGGGUUGGCUUUCCAAACAAUUUCUCUUAAUAUUAGGAACCGAACGUGAAACCACUUCACCAUGUUUGGGUUGACUUUCCAAACAAUUUCUCCUAAUAUUAGGAACCAAACGUGAAACCACUUCACCAUGUUUGGGUUGACUUUCCAAAUAAUUUCUCCUAAUAUUGGGAACUGAACGUGAAACCGCUUCACCGUGUUUGGGUUGACUUUCCAAAUAAUUUCUCUUAAUAUUAGGAACCAAACGUGAAACCGCUUUGCCAUCUUUGGGUUUGACUUUCCAAAUAAUUUCUCCUAAUAUUGGGAACUGAACAUGAAACCACUUCACCAUGUUUGGGUUGUCUUUCCAAAUAAUUUCUCGUGAAACCGCUUUGCCAUCUUUGGGUUGGCUUUCCAAACAAUUUCUCCUAAUAUUAGGAACUGAACGUGAAAUUGCAUCACUAUCUUUGGGUUGGCUUUUCAAAUAAUUUCUCCUAAUAUUAGGAUCCGAACUUUUCCCCGGACAAUCUGACUCCUUCGUAGUAGAGUGGUUGCCACGGGAAAGGUCCAAACGUCCCAGCGAGUAGACCCUCCUUGCCUAGAAAUGUCCCGAUGUGGAUGGACCACACGAUGCCCGUUUGUGGCUAAUGGGUGUGAGAUCAACUUCAUUGCACAUUUAUUUUCCCAUUAUGUUGCUGGAUAUCCGGGUGGGUUUGGGGUCUUCCCGUUCUCUGUCUACGAAGCCUUCCUCUCUUUGGUGGCUUAAUGCGGAACGUUAGCCACGUCUGGCUAGCGUUUGGCGCAUGGCUAGCCACACCAUUGGUUCUUCCUAAUCCAGUCCCUUAAGUGUCGCUUGUGUGUGUGUGUGUACGCGGCAUUCGCACCCAGAACUUAAGUGUCGGAGAAGCUCUUCCGUUCUCCCGAAAGAAGGCCAGGGUGGAGUAGGAUCCAUCGUUGCGUAUCCGGAUGUCUCGAAAUGGGAUCUCUCGUUAUUUUGCAAAGUUUCCGGACGAACAGGAAGAGGAAGUCCUUGCGUCCGCACACACACACACAUCUAUCCCGCCCUUUCCCCUGUAAAUGAUUGGAACGCAUCCACCGGCUUCAUUAAAACCAAUGCGAGAUGUUUGUAAAUCCUUUA